AUGAUGAAAUUCUUGGAGGAGUUGAGUCUGACCAUUGUAGGGACCAAGUUCAGGCGAGCCCGUGUGCACAGUAGACUAGGAAAUCGGCGUUUUUAUUUUCUCACGCACCGGGCGCGGGGUUUCCACCAACCCCCGGGUCCGGGGCGUGACAUGUUCCCUCCUGAACUAUCAGAUGCCCGCAUGUCAUGGGCCAAAAGUGGAGUGCUUACAACUGUGGUUGAUGAUUUCACUGACGUUGGAGGUUCUGAAGAGGAGCUGGUAAACCUUAUACAAUUGAUCGAGAAGUGGGAUGUGAAUGUGAAUGUUGAUUGUUGUUCCGAGCAUGUUGAAAUUAUAUUUUCAGCACUUAAGAACACAAUUAAUGAGCUUGGAGUCAAGGCAUUCACACGACAAGGACGCAGUGUGACAAGUGACAUAAUUGAGACUUGGUUGGAUUUGCUCAAGUCUGGGCUGAAGGAAGCUGAGUGGUUGAGAAACAAGUCAGUGCCAACAAUGGAGGAGUAUAUGACAAAUGGAUAUAUAUCAAUUGGCAUUGGACCAAUUGUCCUUCCAGCUCUCUAUUUUGUUGGGCAUGAGCUUUCAGAGGAGGUUGUAGGAAGUUGUAUUGUGGUUAUUUCAAAUGUGAAGGAGGAGUAG